GUCCAUCUCUCUAUCCACAAAGCAAAAACAAAAUCACACAUCAGUCAUCGUCUCAAACUCUCAAUCAAAAUCUCUUAAGAAAUGGCUCUGAUCCCAAGCAUCUUCGGCGGCCGCCGCAGCAACGUCUUCGACCCCUUCUCCCUCGACAUCUUCGACCCCUUCCACGACUUCCCCAACGUCCUCUCCACCGCUGCCGGCGGCGGACAGAACGAAGCCACGGCGAUCGCCAACAUGCGGAUCGACUGGAAGGAGACGCCGGAGGCGCACGUGUUCAAGGCGGACAUGCCGGGGCUGAAGAAGGAGGAGGUGAAGGUGGAAGUGGAGGAGGGAAGGGUGCUGCAGAUUAGUGGAGAGAGGAGCAGAGAGCAGGAGGAGAAGAACGAUAAGUAUCAUCGGGUGGAGAGGAGCUCGGGGAAGUUUUUGAGGAGGUUUAGGCUUCCGGAGAAUGUGAAGAUGGAGGAGGUGAAGGCUUGUAUGGAGAAUGGGGUGCUUACGGUGACGGUGCCGAAAGUGGAGGAGAAGAAGCUGGAAGUCAAGGCGAUUGACAUUUCCGGCUAGAACCGGUUUUUUGUUUUAUCAAGUGUCUGUAAUUUGUGUGCUUGGUUUUCUGUUGUGGUUGUUUUGUGUUGUCUCUGGAGUCCUGUGUAAUAUGUGUGACAUGUUGUCAUGAAAUAAAUAGUGUUUUCAAGUA